GCCGAGCCCGCGGGAUCCCCGGGCCCCGCUCUGUCCACAAGGCCCCAGGAUGGCAGCGGGGUGGACGGACCCGGCGCAGGGUGAAGACUAUUUCAGCUGGUCUGUCACAUGCAGCCAAACACUUAUCAACAUAUAAGGAUGUAGAAGACUGCAGAGAAGUUAAUGGCACAAGCACUAGGACCUACAGACUCAUCUGGCACAUCCUGAACCACAGUUGUUCUUUGUCUAAACCAGAGCCGAUCUACCAGUUGGAGCCCAACCAGGACUUCUGGGCGGUGGAGGAAGAUCUCUUCCAAAACUCCUGUCCAGGUGACAGCAUACAACCCAAAACAACAGUUAACCCUUCCUCACCUGGCCUUGCCUGAGGAAGUCUCACUCGAGGAGCAACUGACACAGGGAUCCUCAGGGGACUCCCAACUAGAGCAAGCCAAGGAUCAGGAUGGGCCAUCAGAGAUGCAGGAAGGCCACUGCAGACCAGGGAUGGACCCGUAGAAGGAAAUGCUGCCUUGGAAAAUGAGCCCUGAACAUGAUGGUUUGGGGACAGAUGAUGGUUUGUGUUCAAUAGUUGUACAGGAACAAGUCUCUCCAGAAGAUGGUCUCUAUGAAUGUGACUCAUUUGGAACAGUUAUGGAUCCCUUGAUUCAUAAAGGAAAAAAUUCCUAUAAAAGCAAGGAAUGUGGGAACCUAUUUAAAAAGGAUUGCCUCCUUGUUCAACAUGUGCAGAUUCACAAUCAAGUGAAGCCCUAUGAAUGCACAGAGUGUGGGAAAACCUUUAGCAAGAGCAUACAUCUCCUUCAGCACCACAUCAUCCACACAGGGGAGAAGCCUUACAAGUGCAAGGAGUGUGGGAAGGCCUUUAAACGCAGGUCACACCUCACACGGCAGAUUCACACUGGAGAGAAGCCUUAUAAAUGCAGUGAUUGUGGAAAGGCUUACACCCACUGCUCCACUUUUGUCUUGCAUAACAGGAGCCACACUGGAGAAAAACCUUUUCUGUGUAAAGAGUAUGGCAAAGCCUUUCGAGAUAGGUCAGGUUUCAUUCGACACUACAUCCAUACAGGAGAGAAGCCCUAUGAGGACAUUGAGUGUAGGAAAGUCUUCAACCGCUGGUCAUACCUCACAUGGCACCAGCAGAUUCACACUGGAGUAAGACCCUUUCAGUGCAAUGAGUGUGGUAAAGCCUUUUGUGAGAGUGCAGAGCUCAUUCAACACUACAUCAUCCACACUAGGGAGAAGCCCUAUAAGUGCAUGGAGUGUGCAAAGGCCUUCAACCACAGAUCACACCUCAAGCAGCACCAGCUGAUUCACACUGGAGAGAAGCCUUAUGUGUGCAGUGAAUGUGGAAAGGCCUUCACCCAUACUUUUGUUUUGCAUAAAAGGACCCACACUGGAGAAAAACCCUAUGAAUGCAAAGAACAUGGAAAAGGCUUUAGCAAUAGGGCAGACCUCAUUCAACACUACAGCAUCCACUGUUAGGGACCGACCUUCCACAG